AUGGGAGAAGAGGUCCCUGACUCAGCUCCUUCGGCUGCGGAGGUGGAGGAGGAACGCGACGCAAAACAUGGGGACGUCGCUACAGUAGGGGAAGAAGCCGAACUUCUUCUAAAACGUGAACUGCCUUCCCUUGAAAAGGCCCGUGGACACAAGAGAAAAAUCUUUUUUUGGUUGCUUGUAUCGUUGCUAGCUGUGAUAGUAGCGCAGUCUAUUGUACUUAGAGGGAAGUUAGUUCACGCGCCAUUCCUACAUCUGGAGGAUGCCUACGUGAAGAAGUACGUGGAAGAAUUCAACAGAGCAGUGGAGGAAAUGGAGGAGGCCUGGGAAAGUUCCGGGCCCUUAGUUCGGCGAACAUUCACGAGGUUCUUCACGCCAUCUCUAUCCGACGAUGAAGAGAAUCCUGAUCCCCUCAAGACUCUACGAGAUCACGUGGUCGAAAUGCGCCGGUGCAAGCCCCCAUUACUAGGGAAUAGUUAUUAUGUGCAUUUGAAUCUUCUGACGUCUAUUUGCUCUGGUGUUGCCGAUCGCCUGAAACAGGUAGACGAGAUGCAGCGGCAGCAUGAGGAAAGUGGCGUGCCGGUGGUAAUACCUGGUCACGAUAAGCAGUUUACUUUCCCUAGUCUAGAUGAGUUGGGGGGCGAAGUGCAAUCCGGGAUGAGUGCGAAGCAGUUCCUUGAUAUAUUGGGGGUAGGCGCUUCAGUAAGUGAUGAAGAAUUGGAACGAUUACCGGAAGUGGACAAGGAGUUGGCCGAAAAACUUGUCCUUUUGAUGACGGUAGAAAGCCAACGGAUCAAGCACAAUUCAGAUGUCCUACGCGGAUAUAUUCCCUUUCUUGGUGUUUUUGAAGGCCCUCUAAUCUUGGCCUCGAGCGACGAGGUAAACUACGAAAUUCCCUACAGCGGUGAAAUAUUCGAGACUUUCACUUUAGGGAUGGUUUUGGAGAGAAUGUACCCUGAACAUCCUGUUAUGCCAAGGUUAUUGUUCGAGAAAGAAGUGCGACGUGUUUCUCGCACCUGGUCUGCGGAAGUGGUUCUGGAGGCGGCGAAGAAGCAACAGAAGGAAUAUUUCGACAAUUGGGAAGAAGCCUUAGGACUCAGAAGAAAGCUGAUGCAUGAACAGAUGCAAAAGGGCAUGUCUCGUGAUAACCUUUUGAUAUAUUGUAUCUUUCUUCUUUAG